GUAUUUAAAUAAAAACAAUUAUUUUAAAUAUUAAAAAUACUUCAAAAAUGUUACUGUUUUUUCUGUGCUUCGGAUCAAAUAAAUGGAGGCUUGACUGGUAGUGUAUAUAUUAUGCUGCAUAUUUAUUAUUUAUGCAUAUGUAUACACACGUUUUCAAUAGCAUUAUUAAAUAUUUAAUUAAUUACGUUUUAUUUAUUAAUAUUUAAAAAAAAAAAAAUUCAAAUCUAUAAUAUUCUAGACGUAUUUUUGUCUCUGUGGGUCUGAACGGGUUACAGCAAAAGAGUUGCAUGGCACGAAUUGAGCACUGGCGCACAAUAAUCAUUUUGUGUUUGGGGGCUCUCGGGGCGCAUCCCCGUUUUGGCAAUCGUUUUUUUCCAUCAACCAUGUGGGGCGGAAAGCGAUUCAUUACUGGCUGCCGUGAGCGCACACACAGCCAGCGGGCCUAUAGCCUGCAACCUGUUAGCUAGAGGUCCCGACGAGACUCUCCCUCUGCCUCGUGUGCUGCUGGACUGCUGGCGAGGACACAAUAGGAUGGAUGCCGCUAGCCUGCUAGCUCUAAAGACACACAGUGACGUUGAGCAACAUUGCCCGAGAUUAUGCUGAGCAUCCUUGCAGCUGGCUCCAUAUUCUUCCCAGGCCUCUUCCUGCUGUCCAAGCGAUUCCUGAAACAUGCUCCUGGGCUCAAAUGGAGCGAGAAGGAUGCUGUCAUCGUCUCGUCCAGACUGGUGUCCUCCGUUCAGGCCAUUAUGGCAUCCUCUGCCGGAUACAUCAUCGCCUGUUCUUGUGAAGACAUUAUUGAGGACCAGCAUUGGCUUACCAGCAGCUAUAUCCUCUUUGCAGUCCCCUACUUCGUCUAUGACAUCUAUGCCAUGUUCUUGUGCUACUGGUAUAAACUUCAGGUCAAAGAUCACGAAGAGGAGAGCGAAGCCAAACCGAUGAGGUCAGCCAUCAGCGGCUAUCUGCGCCGAGAGUUCCUUAUGGUCUUGCACCAUGUCGUCAUGGUUACUGUCUGUUUCCCUGUCUCUGUGUUCUGGAGACAGGGAAAAGGGGAUUAUUUCCAGGGUGUGAUGUUCCUGGCAGAACUCAGCACCCCAUCUGUCUGUCUGGGAAAAAUACUCAUCCAGUACAAGCAACAGCACACUCUCCUACAUAAAGUCAAUGGAGCUCUUAUGCUGGUCACUUUCUUCAUCUGCAGAGUUCUUCUCUUCCCCUACCUCUACUACGCCUACGGCAGGUACGCCUCCAUCCCCUUCUACAUGGUGCCGCUGUCAGUGCCCUGGCAGUGUAACGCAGGUGCAGCUUUGCUCAUGGCCCCGCAGGUCUACUGGUUUUCCCUCAUCUGCCGGGGCGCCUUCCGUCUCUUCACCGGAGCCUCACGGCACAAAGCUGCCCCUAGCAGCACGGACUCUGAACCGAAAACCUCACUCCUACCCCCUGCCAACGGAUACAGCCCCAGAGAGACCGACUCGCACUGAGAGAGAGGAGUAGAGAUAGAGAAGUAGGUACAGGGUUGUUAGGUUUAGUCUACCAUGUGUGGAUCUACCUUAGACCCAGCGGCGUGGGUUAGCAAGCAAAUAAACUGAAGGUCCGUACCCUCGCUAUUCACCAUCAUCCUCUGUUUGAGAAGAAAAAUAAGACUGCAGAGCAAACCAAACAGAUCGUUUUCUCCCUAACAUGCACGUUCUCUGUGUCGGAGCAGUAGGUUCGGGGAAAUGUCAUCUGCUGCUUUGCAGCGUUAGUGCAUCAUUUGUAGAUUACCAUGGUCAUAAGCUUCAGAAAAAGGGACUGAUGUGGACACAAUGGGAACAGUAUUUAAACAUGAUGGAUGGAAGGAUUCCUGUUCUCCUCUCUGAGAGUCUCUCUUUGUUUGGUACGGUUGCAGAGAGGAUACAAAAAAGGGAACAGAUGUGAUUUGUACAUAAGUUUUUAUUCAUAUUUUCAUUCAAUUCCAAAUAGACUUUUAAUUUAUUUUAGAUUUUUGUAGAACCAAUUUAUUUAUUAUUUAUUCAGUUCGAUUCCUAAUUACGGGUGGGUUAGUUCUAAACAAAACCGUUCACUACUUAAAACCGAAGUUGUUUGAUUCAAAACAACCCCUUACUGUGGGUGCGUGGGCUUAUUCCAGCUGUCCAUCUCUCUGUUUUUCCCCUUCCUGGUUUUCAUCACAGCUACAAAAAAAACAAGAUGGCAGCAGCUGCUUCCAGUUAGUUAGUGAAUCAGCAGUUAUAAAGUAGAAGAGGGGUCAUUUAAAGGAUUUGGAUGAGGCUGAGGUAAUGCAUUAGCAUAUCUCUGCUGCAGUACUCCAAUCCUUUUAAGAUCCAGACGUCGGACAGAGGGGGAAGGGACCGAGUGAAAUAGUGCACUUGAAAACCAGGCUGAAGUUGGCAAGGCACUCGGACGAACCUGAGCCAGUUUGUUUGUACUUUUCGUACAGUUUUACGUGAGGAGACCGCCAGCGCACGCCACAAUAUGGAUUCUGUGCUACCACUGAUUGUAAUCUGCACAUCUGCACACAGACAAGAUGUUUCUUAACUGCUUCUCCUCAAGCAGUCAGCCUUCAUUUUUGUCCAGAUACAUAGGAGGUCCACAGAUGAUGUGUUUUGUUACCAGUUAGUCUUCACUUUAUGGUUAAAGUGUCAUUGGUGUAACAAUGUUGUCACAUACCUCCCUCAGGCCUGCUUGUUUCGUUAUACUCCCGAACAGGGCUGCCAGUUUGACAUUAAACAGUAUUAGUGUUGGAAGUGAGAGGAUGGCGCACAAGUCGGAUUCCUGAAGUGAAUCUUGCACUGAAUUGUCACAAGGAGGGGUGCUAAACAAACAUCCAAGUCUGUGAUACUUAUAAAAGCACUGCAUAGAUCUUUUUAGAUCAAUGUCCCGGAUUUAGUUCUGGACCACUAUAAUUGGAGUCUUAUUAUAGAUUAGUCAUGUUUCUGUUACGCACUAGAGCAGUUUUGUUUUGCUGCUUUACAGUUAGCUCGUAUGCCCAAAGGCAUCGAUGUAGCCUUAGAAGUAAUGCUUUCAACAUGCUCUUUACACAAAGUACUAGUGGAUUGUUUUACACUGGGUCAUCACAAUGCAAACAUGCCCAGGGCUGGGCACGAAUAGGGGCCAGUAUUUUCAACUAUAGCAAAGUAUACUGGUUUGGGAAGUGGUUAGAAAUACUAUUUUGAGCUAGGAAUGACUGUAUCUUUUGAUUUAGAUUUUUAUGUAAUUAUUCUUGUUAAUUUAUUCUUUUAAUUUAAUGUAUUUAUUUGGCCAAGUCUGAAUGUACAUAUGAAUUCACCUCUAAAUGUUCUUCUAAGUGGGCUUCUGUUUUAUCUAGUUGCCUGAAGACUGUUCUGUAACUCUGGUUCUCUCAGCUGAAAUAUACUCUUGCUCUCUCCUGCUGUGCUCUGA